AUGACUAUAGUGCUACCCCCACAUAAGUGUUUGUUGAAGUUUCAUAAUUUGACGUCAGUGAAGCUGCUGUCAGAGAAUAUUAACAAUCCUCGAUACAUGUUUAAUUUCGUUAGCUUUGACGAUCUUCGGAAUAACUUUGAGUACAAUUGCAUUUAUUUGCUAUAUGUGAUUGCCGAAGUCUAUGAUGUUGAUGAACUUGUCAAAAUGGAUCGGGAUGGUCAUCAAUUGACGAGAAUUAAGAUACAUCUCCGAAACUUGAGUAUUCUAUCGAAGUAUUCUAUUGAAAUUUUAGAAACGCAUGUGAACUUGCAAAAUUCUCUGUUUGCAAGUAAGUUGAUGAUUAAUGAAGAUGUUGGUAACAUUGCUUCUUACAUGAAUAGUUUAAAGAACAAUUCACUUCGUGGUUCGGUUUCUUAUUCUUCAAGAGAAGAAGCAUCCCAAGGAUCAACUAUUGAUAACUUCCCAUCUGAAUUGGAAUUCAAAAAUAUAAUUGAUUUGGAAUCAGUAAAUGAGGAAUGCUUCUGUAUUCUACAUUGCAAGUUAAGGAAAAAUGAGAAGAAUUUUGGUGCAAUAAUUGUAAUUGUCGUCCUAAUAUAUCGUGUGCACGUCCUUGUGGAAGACAAUACUGAAAGUGCCUCCUUUAUUCUUUUUGACCCUCAAGUCUUUCCCAUUAUAGGGAAACGAGCUGCAGACCUAAAACAUUCACUAGAUAUGAGCAUUGUUUCAUCGGUCGGUGAUGAGUUGGCCCCCUCUUCAAAUAAGCGUGUCGUUGUUGACAAUAAUCUGGAAGCUUUUAUUGAUGAAGAUUUUCAUUCGCAACAGUCAUGCACUAGAAAGAAUGCAAAAGUCAAAGUUGAGAAGAUAGACGUUUAG